AUACAUAGAGGAGCAGUCAACCGCUCAAACUUACAUUCACAUGACAGAGAGAGAGAGGUGCGGACGGAACUGAGCAGUAACUGAACAUUGAGCUGGCUCUCUUAGAAGAGUUAUUUAGUUAUCAGCAACACUGCAUGCUGAGUUUUUACGCGUGCGUUUGUGUGUGGAACUGGACUGGAAUUGGGAUUUUUAAUAUUGGAUAUGAUACUCAACUGACAUAAACAUGGAUUGGACUUCAUGGAUGUCUUUUUUGGUCACGUUAAUAAUCAUCCCAGUUUACAUAGCAGGAGAGCAGCUGGAAUUAAAUGUGACAUUAGACAUAUGGGAGGGAGAUGUAACUGUGCUCUGGGAUCCCCCUAAAGGAGCCCCCGUAUAUGCCCUUUAUCAAGUAAAUACAGCACUAGAUAAAGGUCCUGAUGCUAAGUGGGACAUUGUGCCACAGUGUAACAUGACAACUGAAACUAGAUGUGAACUUGGGAACUUUAUAUACAAACCUCGAAUGAAAUUAAAGAUCGGACUGUUUGAAGGAAAUUAUAACUUUUCCUGGUCAGCAGUAAAACGAAUUCAUUUAAUUUACAGCAAAUUGUUGACUCCAGAGUUUGACCUGUCUUCAUCCCCUAAUACAGUGAAAGUUAAAAUUCACAGAAAGCCUUUUCUCGUAGAUCUUUUUGAAUAUGGCCCAAGUUACACUGCCAUUCUGUAUCCAAAAGGACGGGAGAGUGAGGCUUUAACAGUACCUGAUGAUGAUGAAGAUGGUGAGGUGGAGUUCACUUCAUUAUCGUUAUGGCAGGAGUAUUGUGUUCAUGUGAAAGUGGAGAUGACAUCUAAUGAUGGGAGCAACACCUCAUUAGCACAAUGCAUAUAUCCAUCAGCAGAUAUGUCCCUGUUGAUCUCUAUAACCACUAUUGGUGUAGUUGGAGUCAUGUCCUUCUUCAUGUUUAUAGUCUGUUUCUUCCUGAGGCGUCCUAGUAAAAUGCCUGCAGUUCUGAAAUCUGCUGUGAAUGGAUGGAACCCUAUGAAUGUAGGAUUGAUCCAAGUGGAAACAGUCACUGACAAGGGAUGGCUAUUGACUAGCAAUAAAAAGGCGGGAAAGAGUAAAGCAUUUGAUGAGAACAAGGACCUUCUGGAGAAAGACAAAGAGAGAAGAGAGAGUGCAGACAGCGGAAUGAGUGCUGACCAGCAGCAUUCGGUUAAGAACCGAAGCACAGAUGGAGAUAUAUUACAGGAAGACAGCGGUUGUGGCAGUCUGACAGACACAGAGGACAGUCUCAGCAGUGGAAGAAGAAGCCUGGAAGAGCUCCCUUUCUUAGACGGAGGAGUAAAUAGCAGCAACGAAAAUGAAAGAAAAGAGGACAGUGGCUUGGGAAUGGGAAACCAGGAUGUGUCUGACAAUCUCAAGGAGGAAGGCGGUGACCUCCUGUCUGAGAUAGUAAUAGUUGGGGACGGAUACCGUAGUCAGAGUCCUUCAGCUGAUGCUGAAAGUGAGCCCAACAUCCCAUGUGACGUAGAGGCUAACAUGGCCAGCCCUAGCAGUGGUUAUCGGUCUGGUCAUGUGACGUGCUUGUGUUCUGACAUUGAGACUUGCAUGUGGUGCAAAACCAGGAAGCUCCUAACAGACAGUGAUUCAUUGUCUCAUGAGCAAACCAGCUGUACUUUCACAAUUGCUAAUGACAAUGACAGACCAAGCUAUUUGAAAAAUUCUCCUUUACAGUCUGUGAAUGUAUCAGGAUUGGAAGACUUGUCCUCGCAGUCAGAUGAAAACUGCAGUGAGUCGUCGCUUUUUAUCACCUGUCCCCUACUUCUACAAGAACCUUGCCAGCUGGACACUUUGUCUCUUAAAUUAGGAGACGUAGAACUGACAUUCACGUGAGAUGUGAGACUUUUUCAUGAAUGGGUAAAAGCACUGAACAAAGCGUAUCCGCUUCUCCUCAUGCUGUUUGCUCCAGCAGACGUUUAUUUCUCGAUUAGAGCAGCAGCAGAGAGAUGCUACCUGUGGCUGUGUCACUGAUACUGGGACGUCCGGCGUGAGACUGUCCCUCUGUGACGUCCUGCAUGCAUCGGGUCAUCAUUUUGCCAAUAUGCUGACCAGAGAGGAGACAUUCAAGCUUCUACUUGAGUGAUCAAGAGUGAGAUACUAUCAGAAUAUGAUGAUAAUGAGACUGAGACAUUACUAAUUCUCAGUAUCUAAUCUCAUGAAUCUCACCCACCAUUGAGACAGUGACGCCAUUAUGUUACACACUCAAAAAAGGGGGAAAUUUUGGCAGCAAUGCUACAAAAGAACCAUUUUUAGUUUCCCAAAGAACCUUUCAGUAAUCAGUUCUUUAAAGAUCCAUUUUUUUAUUACACUCUUAAAAAUAAAGUGUCUUUAUUGGCAUUGAUGGUUCCAAGAAGAACCUUUAAACCUUUAAUAUCUAUGGAAACUUUCCACUGCACAAAAGGAUCUUUAUAGUGAAAACAGGUUAUUUGUUUUAAAUAAUAAUAAUAAUAAUAAUAAUAACAAUAAAGUAUAAUGUUGUUUCUCGUAAGAACUGUUUGCUGAAAAGUUGGUUGGGGAACCAAAAUGAUUCUUCUAUGACAUCACUGCAAAAACACCCUUUUGGAACCUUUAUAUUUAAGAGUGUAGUUUGAAGAACAUUUUAAAUGUCUAAAUAUAUAUAUAUAUAUAUUUUUUCACUAUAAAAAAACCUUUUGUGCAAUGGUAAGGUUUUGUGGAUGCUAAAGGUUUUUCAAAGAACCAUCAGUGGCAAUAAAGAACCUGUACAUACACACUUUUGCAAAAUUUGCACAUACAUUGUACGUAUUUACAUUUUAUGUAUGUACUAACAUUUUUAUGCUGAAUAUUGAGUUGUACUGAAUGUGAUGGAAUGAUGGGAAAAGAAAUAAUAAAAAUAACUAGAUUUUGA